GUUCCGCCUAAAUGGACAUUGGCUCCAAGUGAUGCUGAUUCAAUUGUGGGUGAAGAUGUUAUCAUGGACUGCCAAGCCUCUGGAUACCCUCAGCCUAGAAUCUGGUGGGAACAUGCAGAUACAACAAUAUCCUCCUCCUCUUCCUCAUCAUCCUCUUCCUCUUCACCAACUCAUUAUCAACCAGUUAUCAGCAAUUCUCAUAUCCAUGCUCUUGAGAAUGGAAGCCUAAUUAUCAAGGAAAUUACUAAAAAUGAUGAAGGUUAUUAUCUUUGUCAGGCAACUAAUGGAAUCGGUUCAGACAUAAGUAAAGUUGUUAAAAUUUCAGUUCAUGUUCCACCCUAUUUUGAAUCAUCUUUCACUGCUCAAACAAUCAAAAAGGGAGAUUCACUUGAACUUUCCUGUGAACCUGCUGGUGAAAAACCGAUAACCAUUAGUUGGAGUAAAGAUCGGAUAGCCUUUGAACCAUUAAAGGAGCCUCGUUACAAGAUUGUUGAGACUCUCAAAGAGUCCACUUUUUUACAAAUUUUAAGGAUCGAAGCAGCAGAUCGAAGAGAUUCAGCUCUUUUCACUUGCACAGCUUCAAACAAUUAUGGUAAAGAUGAGCUUAAUAUACAAGUUAUUUUACAAGAGCCCCCUGAUAGACCUGAAAAUGUUCGAGUUACUGAUAUUGAAAGUCGAUCUGUAAUAAUACUCUGGAGCAUUCCCUAUUCAGGAAACAGUAUUAUCGUUUCAUAUAAAAUUGAGUACAAAAAGAAGCCCAGUUCCUGGGGAUCAAAGGAAAUGUUUACUGAAACCGUCCUUGGAACAGUAAAUUCUGUUACAUUGCGAAACUUGGAACCAACCACAAGCUACCAGAUUCGUAUUAAAAGUGCCAAUGCUUUAGGUUCUUCCGAGUAUAGUGAUAUUAUUGAAUUUACAACUGAUGAAGAAGCUCCAAGUUUACCACCUGAAGAUGUCAAAGUGUUUCCAUUGACUUCACGGACUCUUCAAGUAACAUGGAAACCCGUUGCUCAUCACGGUCAAAACGGGCCAAUCAAGGGUUACUACUUAGGUUACCGAAUCCACGGUUCGGGAGAUCCAUACACAUUCAAAACAAUUUCAGCCGAUGGUUCAUCAAAGACCAAACCAGGCAAAGUGAGUGAGUCGAGGCGAAAGUCAUUACCACAAUUGAUUGAUGAAAAUUCCGAUUUGGUCGAUUCUGAAGGCGAUGCAAAUGAUGCCAAUGAAAGCGAUUCCCAUUCAUACAAUGGACACUUUGCAUCCAAUCAGCACACUAUAAAGAUUGGCGAUCUUCGCAGGUCGACCAAGUACGCCGUCAUUGUGCAAGCCUUCAACUCUAAAGGUCCAGGACCUCAAUCAGAAGAGAUCAUCUGUGAAACUUUGGUAAAUGAUCCACCUCCAGCGCCCAUUUUGACCAUUGGCACAGUCACUUAUUCGUCCAUCGAGUUGCACUGGAGUUUCAUGGAGUCAGAAACAAACUCAGUGACAGUCGCAACAGCUUCUACACGGAAAGACGGUUCAACCGAUAUUCUGGUCAAUGGAUAUUAUAUUCACUUUAAAAGUCACAGAUCCGAUUGGCAAGAGAAGCAAAUUUCAGGCUUGAAAAAGUCGAUAGUCAUGGACAACUUGGACUGUGGCACUUCAUAUCAGUUUUACAUAGCAGCCUACAACAACCUGGGCAAAGGUGAUCCAAGUCAAGUGAUUGCGGGCAAAACAAAGGGUUCAGUUCCCGUUCCUCCGAUUGCAGAUAUUUUUAUAAGUGCCAACUCUUCAUCGGCCACUCUCAACUUGUCCACUUGGAAACCUCAUGGAUGUCCGAUUAGCCAUUUUGAGAUUGAAUAUAAGGUUAAAUUGGUGCCUGACUGGAUACCCAUGGCCAGUCAAGUAGAUGGUAAUGAUAAACAACUUACUCUUGUUGAUCUUAAACCUGGAACUUGGUAUUCGCUGUUGGUUGCUGCCCAUUCAGAGGCUGGAUCAACUGAAAGGGAAUACACUUUUGCCACUUUAACUGACAAUGGAGCAACAAUAUCGCCCCUCGACUUGAGUCGUCCCUUGUAUCCAAGUUUAACGUUAAUGGUGCCAACAAGUUGUGCUGUGAUAGUGCUCAUUGUAAUAAUCAUAAUCUCCUUACUUUUGAUAUUCAAAAGUCAUUCUUCCGUUAACCUGCAACAUCAUAACCACCAGUCAAAUGGUACAUACGACGAGACUGGAGUCACUUGCGGUGAAGGUCUGGGUGAACAGUCAACCUCUGGCCGUGAAGAGCGACUCCUCUCCACUAAUGGCAUCUUGACUCUGCUUGGUGAACCCAAUGGCAAGGAAAGCUCAAUGGGCUCCGAGUUUUGCGAGACUCCAAGUAAACUCUAUUAUCCAACACCUUAUGCAACCAACCAUAUCGACUAUUCAACCAUGCAAGUUGGUACCCCGCCUCCACCUGCACCUCCACCACCACCGCCACCCUCAUCACUACCAGGUCAGGGUUCAACCCUAAACAAGUCUCAUCAUGUUCACCUACAACAGCAACAUGCUCACCUCAAUGUCCACCUUCAUCCACCUUCUUCAGCUUCUUCAACGGUUCUCCAUUCGAUACAUCAUCACCAUAUCGACUCGAAUGAGAGAACCAGUUCAUUCAAAGGAAGGAAAAAUAUUUACCAAGUUGCCAGAACUUUACUUUAACGAGCUUAAUCAUUGAAAAUUCUGGUCAAUCGAUAGUUCCUAAGCGCAAAGAUGAACAUUUUUUUACUCUCAAUCAUGAUGAUAAUCCAUUGCCAUUUGUCUUCCUUAAACAAUAUCAUUAAAGUUGUUGUCAUUAUUAUUGAUGAAAAAUGAAUCAAUUUGAUCAAUUUAAUUGUUAAAAAGUGUAUUUGAAAAUGUUUUUUAUUACUCAAGUUUGACUCAA